AUGUGUGGCAAAUCGGCGAAUGCCUUCUGGGUUUGCGGCACAUGCAGUGGAGGCUCUUUGGGGCUGCAGCCUCCUAGGAUCGUAUUAGCCGAUCCACUGCUCGUACAGAGAAAACGCCCUCGCGCGGCCUGUGCAAUAGGUCUGAACAUGAACGGAAAGCGGCGUCCGAAGCCUGGAUCUGUCCUCUGGGGGGCAAGGAAAUUUUUAGUGAUUCUGCUGUUGAUAAAACUGCAGCAACUCUGCUGGCUGGCAGCUGCAAUUCAAACAGGAAAUGACACAAUCGAUAUCUCUUGGGUCUUCUCCUUGAAGUCGGUUAGCCGAAUGGUACCACUGCAACAGCACACUGAAGCCUCGAGGCGACUGCAAGACAUUUUGACUGGCGAUUCGCUGAAUUUUGACAGACCUAUAACAAUAUUGCUGCAUCAGAGUCCGCUGCAGUCCCACCAGCAGCUUCUCCUCUUUCACGCCUCGCGCGAAGCAUUUGCUGAGGAGGAACGUCUCAUGCCAGGCAUUUUCGUGUCCCAUUUCAGAACCCUCCUUGUGGGUUAUUCACACUGA